AAGACCAGGACUUGAACUAUCAGAACAAAAAUGCGUUUUCAUUGCCAUGAAAAUAUAAACAUGUGUAGAUUUUUAUUACUGCAGAAACGAACAUUUAUCACGAGUCGAAUAGAAAGAAAAGCAAGCAAUGAGUUAAAUGAUGUUGUUAAAUCAAAAGCUAGCCCUAAAAAUCGAAACAGAUAUUCAGAUACUGUUUUACUCCCAAGUACUCAGUUUCCAGUACAGUUAAAUGGGAAGAAAAGAGUAGAGAAAGAUGAAUAUCUGACUUCAAAGCGUGGUUUCUCUGAAUUAUAUGAAUGGCAAAGAAACAGUCUUUCUGAACCAGAUUUUGUUUUACAUGAUGGUCCUCCUUAUGCAAAUGGAGUUCCACACAUGGGACAUGCUAUCAAUAAGAUACUUAAAGACAUAACACUAAGAAGUAAAGUUAUACAAGGAAACAGAGUUCAUUAUGUACCAGGCUGGGAUUGCCAUGGCUUACCAGUUGAAUUAAAAGUUAUUAAAGAUAAUGUAAAUGAUCCUUUGGAGAUUAGACAAAAAGCCCGCGAGUAUGCGAAAGAAGCUGUUGCCGAGCAAAAGCGAGCGUUUCAAUCAUGGGGCGUAAUAGCCGAUUGGAAUGAAUCUGGUUGUUAUUUUACAAAUCAAUCCUCCUACAUAAAAAAUCAGCUUCAUCAGUUCAUAAACUUGUACGAGAAAGGUGUCGUGUUUAGGAACUUUAUGCCAGUCUACUGGUCUCCUUCUUCUAGAACAGCAUUGGCAGAGUCCGAAUUAGAGUACAAUAAGCAACAUCAAAGCAAAGCUGUGAUUGUUCGCCUACGUGUCGAUGAUUUACCAGAAAAAUUGAAUUCGUUCAAGGAUCGUACUGUAUAUGCAUUAAUAUGGACGACUACACCAUGGUCUUUGGUAGCUAACCAAGCUGUAGCAUUCUGCACGGAUGCCAUGUAUUGUCUUGUUGAAGAUAGUACAGGAAAUUUAAGUAUUGUUGGAGAAAAGUUAUUGAAUGAUUUAGAACCAAAGAUAGGUCCUUUAAGGACAGUAGCAUGUUUUGAGGGCAAAGAAUUAGAAGGUAGAACGUAUUUUCAUCCGUUCAAAGAAGAGAAGUUACCAUUUUUAGCUGCGGGUCAUGUGACGAUGGACGUUGGGACAGGUCUUGUUCAUACUGCACCUGCACACGGUCCAGAUGAUUUUUUGGUCGCGCUUGAAAACAACAUUCGCAUCUCGUCAAUGGUGGACGCAGAUGGUCGUUUCACUGAAACAGCGGGUCCGAAGUUCUGUGGAUUGGAAGCAUUAACAGAAGGAGUUGAUAAAGUCUUGAAUCUUAUGGCUCAAGAUAUAUUGCAUGUUGAAACAUUAACGCACAGUUAUCCUUACGAUUGGCGAACAAAACAACCAGUUCUUAUCCGAGCUAGCAGUCAAUGGUUCGUUGACAUAAAUCGUGUCAGAGAGAAAGUCAUUGACAGUAUCAAUGAUGUGAAAAUAUAUCCAAGGUGUAAUCGUACAUCUGUUCUAAAUGCUUUACUCGCUGGAGUAAAGAAUCGCCCGUAUUGGUGUAUUUCACGGCAACGUUUCUGGGGAACACCAAUACCUGUACUUUAUAGUAAAACGACAGGCAAGCCGUAUACGAAUAAAGAAUUGGUCGAACGAUUAUGCCAUUCAGUUGAUCGAUAUGGUCCUGAUUGUUGGUGGGAAUACUCGGCGAAGGAACUAAUAGGGUCAGAUGUAAUCCAAGGGCUGAAUAUUGACGUAGAUGAUGUAGAAAAAGGAGAGGAUAUUAUGGAUAUUUGGUUUGAUAGUGGUAUUUCCUGGUCAUUCGUUUUACCGGAAGGAAAAGCAGACCUUUAUUUAGAAGGACACGACCAGUUCAAUGGCUGGUUCCAGUCAUCCUUAAUAACGUCUGUAGCCUUACAAGAACGUCCACCCUAUAGUGCAUUGUUUGUACAUGGAUUCGCAGUGGAUGAAAAUGGCUUAAAAAUGUCCAAGUCAGUUGGAAAUGUGAUAAAUCCUGAAGAACUUUUACUGGGUGGGUCGAAUUUGAAGAGAAGUCCAGUGUAUGGUGUCGAUAUUUUAAGAUGGUGGGUGGCUAAUCACGGAUCUCAACACGUUCAUGUCCCAGUUUCAAAAGAGUUACUCGACGAAUGUAAACAGUGUAUUAAUAGAAUACGUUUGAUACUGCGUUUUCUCCUAGGUGUUUUAAAUUCUGAUUGUCGAAAUGUAAAUUACGAGCCACAAUAUCGAGUUAUCGACAAAUACAUGUUGUAUUCGUUGUAUCGUUACAAUGAACAGAUGCAACAACAUUACGACAAUUACGAAUAUCAUCAUGUUGGCAAAACUAUAAUGCAUUUUAUAGCGAAUGAUGUGUCCGCUCUUUACUGCUCUUUAAUUAAAGAUAGACUUUAUUGUGACGAAGCGACGUCUUCGACACGCGUUGCAGCUGUACAAGUUGUGAAAGCUAUUUUAAAUGUACUUUUGAGAACUAUGGCACCGAUUCUUCCUCAUUUAGCAGAAGAAGCAUGGUUGCAUUAUUCCGGAAAUAAUGAAUCGGUGCUACCACUAUUCUGUUCAUCGUACAAAGUAUCAGAUUCUUGGAAUGAACCGGAAAUCACAAAGUACGUGGAUGCAGCGCUUCGACUAAGGAACGAUCUAUUAAAAACUGUGAAUACAACUACAUGGAAAUUGUCUGGUAUCAUAGAAGCAACAAAAGAAGAUUUUUACUUUCUUUCCCUUCUUCAUGGUGAGAAACAAUCGUCAGUGUCCGAAUUAUGUGAAAUACUACAAUUAUCUUCGGUGACGUUGAUUGAAAAUCAAACGCUCACAGAAUCACAAAUCCAAGUACAGGAUAUUCAGAAACCAUUGUGUGAACGAUGUAGAAGGUAUCCUGAAACUCAGAAGGACGGUCUAUGUUCGCGUUGUGUCAGUGUACUUGGUAAAGAUAAAUCCGUGGCUGCGAGUUUAUAAUACAUUUUAACCGUAUGGCCAAUAAAACAGUAAAAUUUUCAAAUGAAAACUACGAAAAA